UUUUUUUUUUUUUUUUUACUGUUUUUGUUUCCAUUGUUGGUCCCACUCAAAGUUCUUGGAUUUUUGAGUGUGAAUCAAUCUUUGAACGAAUUUUUUGGAUUUAGAUAGUGGUGUUUAUUGGAUUGAUACAGUUACAGGGACCAUGGGUUUUUUCCAAUUUAGAGUCUUUUUUUUAUGUCUAUUUCUUGUGUUCAAAACCAGUAUUUGUGGUCCUGUGAGUAUAGGACAGAUAUAUCCUGGUUUCCAAGCAUCUCAAAUGGAGUGGAUAGAGGAGGAGGGGAUUUUCUUACAAUCCAAAAAUUCAACUUUUGGUUUUGGCUUUUAUACUGGACUUGAUGCACAAUCUUAUUUGCUGGUUGUUAUCCAUAUGAAAAGUGCCAAAGUCGUUUGGACUGCUAAUAGAGGUUCUUUGGUUAGUGAUUCUGAUAAAUUUAUGUUUGAGAAAAAUGGGAACGUUUGUUUACAAAGGGGAGAUGGUGUAGCUUGGUCAACAGACACAAGAGGGCAAACAGUUAUGUCUAUGGAGUUAAUGGAAUCGGGCAACUUGUUGUUGCUUGGGAACAAUGGAAGUAUUCUUUGGCAGAGUUUUAGCCACCCCACUGAUACACUCUUACCUGGUCAGAAGUUUGUAGAAGGAAUGAGACUUAAAAGUUUCCCAAAUAAAAAUAACUUAAGUACUUACCUUGAAAUUAAGUCCGGGGAUUUGGUCUUGUAUGCAGGAUACAAGACUCCACAAGUAUACUGGUCGCUGGCUAGUGAUGGCGGGAAAGCCAAUAAUAGUGUCAAUGGCAGGGUUCAUUCUGUGUCUCUAGUGUCCAAUUCAUGGAAUUUUUAUGAUCAAAAUAGUGUCUUGCUCUGGCGGUUCAUAUUUUCUGAUAAUUCAGAUCCAAAUGCUACAUGGGCUUUGAAAUUAGGCUCUGACGGGGCAAUUGGGUUCUAUAAUCUUCAAAAGGGAAAGUCAGUUACCCUCGAGUCAAUUAAGAUACCACAAAAUUCUUGCAGCAUUCCUGAGCCUUGUGACCAAUACUAUGUUUGCUAUUUUGACAAUUGGUGUCAAUGUCCACCCCAGCUGGCAAACUCUCAGUUUGGUUGCAAACCUCCGGUGGCCUCAACUUGUAAUGGCUCAAAAACUUCGGUUGAGCUUUUCUAUGUUGGUAAGAAGCUUGAUUAUUUUGCACUUGGGUUUGUUACACCUUUCUUGAAAUCCAAUUUAAACUCUUGCAAAGAAGCUUGUCUUGCAAACUGUUCUUGCAUUGUGUUGUUCUUUGAAGAAAAUACUGGAACGUGCUUUCUGUUUGAUCAAUUAGGGAGCUUGACUCGAAGUCAGGGCAGUUCUUCAGGUUAUAUUUCAUAUAUGAAGGUGUCAACAGGUGAAAAAAAUUUGGCCAGCGGGAAAAAUGUAGCAAAGGAGGCCUUGUUGAUUGCAGUCAUUGUUAUUGCAACAUUAGUGGUGAUUGCUUGUUUACUAUAUGUGGGAAUAUGGUAUUACAACAAAAGAAAAAGAUUCAUGGAAUUUCCUCAACAGAACCUGGAAGAUGAUAAUUUCUGGGACAGUCUUUCAGGAAUGCCUGCUCGCUACAGCUUUAGUGAUCUUUGUGAAGCAACUAAAAAUUUCUCUAUGAAGGUUGGCCAAGGAGGGUUUGGCUCGGUCUAUCUAGGUGUGCUGCAAGAUGGUACUCAAUUAGCUAUCAAAAAAUUGGAAGGCAUUGGACAAGGGAAGAAAGAGUUUAGAGCUGAAGUGAGUAUCAUCGGUAGUAUCCAUCAUGUCCAUUUGGUCAAGCUCAAAGGCUUUUGUGCUCAAGGGUCUCAUCGGCUUCUUGUUUAUGAGUUCAUGAGAAAAGGGUCUUUAGAUAAAUGGAUCUUCAAGAAUAAGGAAGAAAGUAAUCCUUUGUUAGAUUGGAAUACAAGAUUCAAUAUUGCAUUAGGCAUGGCAAAAGGUCUAGCUUAUCUCCAUGAAGGGUGUGAGGUGAAGAUUGUACAUUGUGAUAUAAAACCUGAAAAUGUGCUUCUUGAUGAUAAUUUUACCGCUAAAGUUUCAGAUUUUGGUUUGGCUAAGCUAAUGAACCGAGAAGACAGUCUUGUUUAUACUACAGUGAGGGGGACAAGGGGGUACCUUGCACCAGAAUGGAUAACCAACAAUCCUAUAUCGGAGAAGAGCGAUGUGUACAGCUAUGGCAUGGUCUUGUUAGAGAUAAUCGGAGGAAGGAAGAAUUAUGAUGCAUCAGAAACUUCAGAGAAAGCCCAUUUCCCUUCAUAUUCCUUCAAGAUGUUAGAAGAAGGAAGACUAAGAGAAAUUAUUGAUCCAGAGCUGGAUAUUGAUGCAAAUGAUGAGAGGAUUUUUGCUGCAAUAAAAGUUGCAUUAUGGUGCAUACAAGAAGAAAUGCAGUUAAGACCUCCAAUGACUAGAGUGGUACAAAUGCUUGAAGGUCUUGGUGAAGUGCCUGAUCCUCCAAUUUCUUCUCAAUCAGCUUCUAGGUAUUUGUCAAGUUUCACCAAAUGGAGCAGCAAAGAAAGCUCUUCUUUGGGCAUUAUUGAUGACACUAGCGAUGCAUUUCUGUCAGAUGUUCGGCUAUCAGGCCCUAGAUGACAGAAGCAGAGAUAUGUUAUAGCUUAUAUGAAAUUCCGGGUUUUGUGACGCUUUCUUCUCUUAAUUUUCUUUUCUUUGUAUGUUUGUAGUUCUUACAGCGUAGAUAUUGUCUCAAUCUCUAUUCUGAUAAUGAAAUUUCAUGAAAUUUUGUUCUAA